CGGGAUAAUACAUAGAGAGAGUGUCUUAUUCCGUAUGUUAUAUAUUUUUACGAUUUGCAAUAAUGUAGGUGGCUAGUUGCUAUGACAUCCACCAUGGCAUUAUAAAUCUAAAUUGGAGCGCCCCAUUAGAGAGACCGGGCCGUAUGCCCAUUGUUUUAUUUUCUGUAGAGCUAACAAGGUUGUUGACAUAAGGAUAUCCUUGUUCUCGGCAGCAGUCGUUGUCCGCCUGCAACAUGGGUUGUGGACAGAGUACCCCCGUCUCUCAGGUUAAGGAUCGCCCACUGCCAGCUGAAGGGAAUGAAAACGGCAUCGCAAAACAUACACAAAAUGCCAAUAAGGAAGUCCUGAAGAAAGUGGCCAUCGCUGGCUUUGACAACAUCAUCCAUGUGAUCACUGACAUCAAGGACCUACUGCCACCUCCGGGCGGCCCUGCUGCCGCAGUGCUGCUGGACGUGGUGUCCAUCAUUCAGAAGGCCAUCGCGCACCGGAAGAACCUGGCCGACCUGGCUGAGCGGGCCGCCAACCUCAUGAAGAUCAUCCAGCUCAACCAGGAGGCGCUGCAGGCCAAGAACAGCUACAAAUCCGUCCUUAGCUCCUUCACCGACUGCCUGGAGCGCAUCCGGCAGUACGCACUGGAGUACAGCGGCAGCGGCUGGCUGAUGCGGCUGUGGUGCUGCCUCAGCGACAGUGAGGAAUACGACUCGCUGGUUUCGGAGCUGCAGACCAUCGUGGCCGACGCGACCUUCAUGGCCGCGGCGGACGGCAGCAGCCAGGCGGCGGCGGCACGCAGGGAGAUUGAAGAGUUGGCGGCGCUGGUCAAGGCGCAGGCUAGCUACCAGGAUGAGUCGGGCGAGCUGCGGGCGCUGGUGGCGGAGCUGGGGGGUCCGGGCGAGGUGGUCAAGGACCGCGCCAAGAUGGAGCGCGUGCGGCAGCAGCUGGGGGCGGGCAGCCAGCUCACCCUGACCAUGCUGGGCCAGGCCAUCGAGAUCCUGAACGCCAACAACGAGGAGGGGCCGCACUCCAACAUCCGCAACUCCAUCCUGCGCGUCUUCUGGCGCAAGGUCAUUAGGUUCGAACUGCGCAUUCCAUGGGGUGAGUUCUGGCAGGUGUUCCCCGAGCGGCUGGCGGACGUGCCGGUGCCGCCCGCGCAGGUCGCCCAGCUUCAGAGCCUGCUGGGCAGCACCAGCGCGCAUCAGCUGUUCAAGCUGCAGAUCGAGGACUUCGAGGACCCCGGCUCGCUCAGCGUGUUCGAGCUGCGGCGGGUGCCCGAGCAAAACGACAUCGUCGUGUGUGUCAAGAAAAUCAUCGAGGAGGCCUCCAGCUCCAGCAGCGCCCCCUGCCAGCUUCCGCCUCUGGACAAGGUGUACGAGCAGUACGGCGGGCGCGGUCCCGAGGCGCAGGAGCUGCAGCAGUGGCUGAGCAAGCCGGGCAGCCGCGUGGCGGCGGUGGUUGCGGAGGGCGGCAUGGGCAAGACCUGCUUGGCGGUGGACGUGGCUUGGCGGCUGUGGCGGGGCAGCCACGCCACCGCCGGGGUGCUGUACGUGGACUGCCGCGGGGCGUUCAGCCGGGACGCGCUGCUGCUCAAGCUGCGGGCGGCGGCGGGCGUCACCAGCAGCCAGGGCGACACGGAGGCGCUGGCGGCCGCGCUGGCCAAGCUGUGCGACGGCGACCCGGCGGGCGGGCGGCUGCUGGUGCUGGUGGACAACGCGGAGGACCCUGCGGCGGCGGACGGCGGCGAGGCGCUGGCGGAGGUGCUGGCGGCGUUGCUCAUGUGCCACAGCCGAGUGCAGCUGCUGCUAACGUCGCGGGGGGAGGUGCGCGUGCAGCACAUGCCGCCGCCGCACACGCACCGCAUCCAGCCGCUAGGCCCCGGCACCGCUGCCGAGCUGGUGCUGCGGCUGGCGCAGGGCGUGCUGACCGGGCAGGAGGCCGGCGGGGUGGCGGAGGCGUGCGGCUGCGUGCCCCUGGCGCUGCGGCUGGUGUCGGAGGCGCUGGUGGCGGGGCGGCUGACGCUGGAGGACGUGCAGCAGGCGGUGGCGGAGCGGGCGGCGGCGGGAGGCGACGGCAGCAGCAGCAGCGACCCCACCCUCAUGUUCGUGGAGAUGGUUCUUCGGUCGCUGCACGCGGGGGUGAAGAAGGUGGCGCUGCAGGUGGCCGCCUUCACGGGCUCCUUCACGGCCGCCUCCGCCUGCAGCCUGCUGGGCGGCGACAGCGCCUCGCUGCACGAGGUGCGCGCGCAGCUGACCAGCCUGCACCGCUACAGCGUGCUGCUGCAGCACGGGGACGACAGCUUCGCCAUGCACAUGCACGUGCGCGGUGCGGCGCGCGCACUGCUGCAGCAGGAGGCGCCCGCGCAGCUGCAGCGGGGCGUGCGGGAGCGCUUCGCGCGCUACGUGGCAGCGCUGCUGGCUCGCUGGCAGCGGCUGCACGCGGACGGCGCGCUGAAGUUGAUGGUGGCGGAGGUGGCGGAGAACUGGGCGGACGUGGAGCAGUUCCUGGCAGACGUGGCGGGGGGCGAGGAGGAGGGUGCGGCAGGCGCCCGGCCGCUGCUCCCCGGCAGCAGUCCGCUGGCGCUGAGCCCCCAGCUGCUCCGUGAGACGCAGCUGCUGGCCACCCUCAGCCACGGCGACUUCCUGUACGCGGUGGGCAAGACGUGGAUGAGCCCCACCUACCUAGCCCUCACGCAGCGGCUGGUGGAGGUGACGCAGGCGCCCCUGCAGCAGGCGGAGGCGGGCGGCCGGGAGCCGGAGCGGGAGGAGCGGCUGGCGGCCGCGGCGGCGCUGCUGGUGCGCUGCGAGGCGCUCAUGUACGGCG